ACAGCUCGACAUGACGCAGCUCGAGAGCGAGAGCAGCGCCCAGACCCCACAGCGCAGUGAAGACAAGGAUCAUGUUUUGGCCACACCAUCCAGCACCCAUCCAACAGCCUCUGACUCGCGACCCUCGACAUUGAUGCGAGCUAAGCUGUACCGCCCCCGCUCAUCAGCCAUUGUCGGUGCCAACGAGUCACACCUGAUUCCCAGCUGGAACAAAGCCCGCAGCAGCCGCACCGAGCUUGUACAGCACUGGCUAGAACAAAACACAGCACCCAGCUCCUCUGCCGAUCCGCCCGCAAACGAGGGUGAUGACAGCUCGGAGGCGCUCAACUUCUCGGAAAGCUAUGCCUUGUACCAAGACCGCGCUUAUGCAAAGCAGGCCGAGCUCAAUGGCCCACCCACGCCUCCCGGCUCGCCCAUUCCCGCUGUCCCAGCUGAUCGUCGCCCCACCGAACAUCCGGCUCCCUUGCCACCGCCGCGACCAAUGAUCCCUCAGGCUGGCCCUGGCCUGCCGCCUCGAGACUGGGCUGGCCGCGAUGACCGUCGGCAUGAGCGACGCCGUAGUCCUGAGCGGACUCGCGACUGGGACCGUGAUCGACGGAAUCGGCGUUCACCAUCACGCCGACGCGAUGCCGACGAACCUGAUGCGGAGCACAGAGACAGCGGGCGCCGCUCUGGCAGCGCGUCACCAUCAGAACGGCAUAGACGCAGCCGGCGAUGGGAAGAUGACGAACGUGACGCAGACCGUGACGCCGACUCGGAUCGCGAUGACGAUGACGAUGGUCGUGGCCGUCGUCGCGCUUCACCGCCACGCCACGCUCAACCCUCGAUGGACAGUCGACGAAAGGAAGAGAUUAUGGCCCAGCUGCGUGCAGUAGAGAUGGCUAUUGCCCAAAAGAAAACGCAACCCAGCUGAAUUUCCAGGUGGUAUCUUCAAGUAUGAGAAUUGUAAAAAUAAAAUUCU